AUGACUUUCAAUCCCCUAGUUUUUAUUCUCAAGGAAAACAAACUAGUUGUACCUAAUUAUAUUGACUGGAAAAGGAACUUGGAUAUUGUACUGACUAUAGAGGAGUACAAGUAUGUACUCAUAGAGGCUAUGCAUUCUGCCUAUGAUAUAACGCAAAACCUCAAAGAAAUGUUUGGGGAUCAAAAUUGUGCUACUAGGCAGACUACUAUAAAGGAACUUAUGAGUGCUACUAUGGCAGAAGGGACCCUAGUAAGGGAUUAUGUUCUAAAGAUGAUUGGUCUUCUCAAUGAGCUAGAGAUCCUUGGAGCUGAAAUCGAUGGGGAAAGCCAAGUAGAUAUCAUUCUCCAGUCAUUGCCUGACUCUUUCAAGCAGUUUUUCCUAAACUGCAACAUGAAUAAGCUCUCUUACUCAUUGGAAGAACUACUUAAAGAGCUUCAAGCAACUGAGGACGUCAUCAAGAAGCCAAAUAUUGCUUUUGUGACUGAGAAAGAUUCUUCUUUGAGGCAAAAAGGCUAA